AUGGCGCGAGGGAAUAAGGGGCGCAAAGCCCAAGAGAAGGACGACAAGGCGCCUGCGCCUGCCAACUCCGAGGACAAAGCAACGGAAACGACCAAGGUAGAGGAGGCGAGUGCAGACAAGGCGCCUGCCGCGACCGAGGCGAGCGAUGCGCCGACAGAGGCGCCCGAGGCACACGAUCCAGCCAGUGAGAAGCAGGCGCCCGAGGCGACUGCGGACGUGCCGGAACCUGUGCCAGAAGCGCAAAAGUCUGAAGACGAUGACGUCGACGAGCUGUCGUCGCCGGAGCCGGUGCGCGAGGAGCCCGUGGACUACCUGCUACAGCUCAACCCAGACGAACGCGAGCGCGAUCUGCGCAACCAGGUCACAAGCCUGAACGCAAAGCUUGUCAUGUCCUUUAACCGGGUUUCUGACCUAGAGGAUGACUUGUCGAUUGCGCACAACCGCAUCCUCGCGUACACGACCCAGAUCGCCGAGCUGAACAAGGAGCGUGAGCAGCACCUCUUUGCGCUCAACACGGGUCUGCUUGUCGAGAAGGCACACGUCACGACCGAGAUGCAGCGCAUGAUGGACCGCGUUCUGGAUGAAACUGCGCAGCGCGGCAAGGCCGAGAGCGACAAGACGCGUAUUGAGGCGGAGCUCGAGGAGCUUAGCGCAUCGCUUUUUAAUGAGGCCAACAAGAUGGUCGCCGUCGAGCGCCUCGAGCGCGCGCGCGCGGAGGAAAAGAGCGCCAACCUUGAAGAGAGCCUGCGCAAUACCGAGCGUAUCAUGGCCGAGCAGCAGGACAUGCUCAAGAGCCUCCAGGCGCAAAUCGAAAAGGGGGCGAGCAGCGAGGAGCCGCUCGCGAUCAGCCAGCACUCUGCGCCCGAGUCUGAUGCGCUGGGGCGCAGUGUGAUCCACGACACCGUGGUGUCGAUCAACAUCCAGCCGUACUAUGAGUUUGUCGCGUUCGUCGAGCACCUCCGUGCCAUGCAACACCAGCUCCACCCUUAUAUUCGUAUGCAACAAAAAGGCCUGGACUGGACGACGCAGCCUUUUGCUUUGCACGCAUCGGGCAUGGGAAUCAGCGGUGUGAUGAGUCCCGCGAUUGGCCAGGCGACGCCGGUGCGACACAAGGACUAUCCCCACCUGCCAUCGUCUGCCGAGCAGCUUGUACAGAUUUCGAGUCAGACGUCGCUGCCGUUUAUCCGCCGUGCGCAGGAAGAGGAUACGGAUCCGUGUCUGCGCCUCAACCAUGCGCCUGGCCUCAACUGGCUGUCGCGCCGCCAGGCGACCAGUGCCGUGCUCGACGGCAGUCUCGUCAUUGAGCCUUUGUUCGCCGGCGGCGCCAUUGACGACGAGGCCAAGGUGCGCAGCGAGUAUGGAUCGCUCCCUCCAGCGCCAUGUGCACUGUGUGGAAUGGCGCUCGUCAAUCUCACGCCGCUCAUUAUGCCGCAGACGAAUGAGCCCGGCCCGCAAAAGACGAGUACGACGCGCCGCAGCAUCCCUUCGCUCUUCCAGUCGCUGCGCCGGAGCGUCGCCAGCAGCGAUAUGCCGUCUCCGCCGCUGGAGAAUGAGACAGAGAUCUUUUCGCAAGACGCGGAGCCGACCACGACAAAUCUCCCGAUUCCGACGCACUACUUCCGUGUGUCGGACAGCUCGAACAAGUAUUUGGUCUGCUCGCAUCACUGUCUGCGCCGCCUCCGCGCAGUGUGCGGCUUCUGGAUGUUUGUGCGGACGCUGGAGCGUGCGGUUGUGCUCGAAGGCAAGCUUGCGCCGGAUCUUGUCGGUGGCACGCGCAUUGCAGACGGCCCUGAGGCCGCCCCCGAGGUCGGCCCUCUGGACGAGCCGGACGGCGGUGCGGCGGAGGCGCACGAAGCCGAGAAAGCGUCGCUCGACGCCAAGCAAGAGCGUGCCGAGGAAGAGAAGGAGAAGUUGGAUGAGGAGGCUAAGGACGAGGCCAAGGACGAGGACGAAGACGUCUUUGACGAGGCACAAGAAGAGACCUCGGUCGACCAGGCCGCCAAGGCCGAAGGCGGCAAGGCCGACGAUGCCGAGACAGCUACGGAUGCAGACAAGGCUGAUUUCGAAGCUAAAGCCGACGAGGACAAAUCCAAGGACGAGACUGCGGGCGAGACUACGGAGAAGCCUUUGGAUCCUGUGUCGGAACCUCCCCUUUCACCCACAGCCGUGGCACCUUCCCCCCUUCCCCCGACUCUUCCUGCGCGGCCGCUGCCGCCGCGGCAUUCGUUCCUGGUGCAUGCCGAGAAAGGCACGCUUACCUGGGAAGAGAGUCUGUGGGCCGAGAUUCUUCGCCUCAAGGAGGCCAUGUACAAAGCACGGACCGGCACCGACCUGGACCCUGUCUCUUCGUAG